AUGUACCUGUGUGUGUUGCGUGCUCAGGCAGGCUUCCUCCUCGCAACAAAAGAUCUAGGCGAUGUGGAUAAAUUGUCGGCAGAGGAUCGAAACGAGCUGCUUAGGACGAACAAGGAUGUGGUUUUGGCGACUUUGACGGCCUUUUCUGACUUCCAGAAAGUUCUGUCUUUGGAGCAGCUGCAGUAUUGCAUCGAAAUGAAGUACGGGGAUUCAUGUGACAGCCGUCACGUGAUCCGGGAAUGCAAAAAAACGAAGGAGGCCAGGUUGGCCUGGAUGAAAGAGCUAAAGGAUGCCGUGAAGGGGAAACUUCUCGAGAAGAAGUUCGUGCGACCGAAGGGGUCGUCCAGCAACUCUUCGUCUCCAGAGAAACUGGAGACAGCUACAGGACCCCCCGAUAUUUCUCCGCCUUCUUCGGCAGUCUUGACGUCCGUGGUUGCGAAGAUUAUGGCAAACCCUCCACGACUGGAUCCCACAGAUCAGCACAAACAGAAGUUCAGGCUUCGGCUCAAGCAGAAGGCACCCACAUCAGGAGACGCCGGCGGAGCUGCUCGAAGACCACUGCUUAUGAUGUGGCCGACCGAGGAAGCCGAGACCACGGCGCCAGCGCAGGAAGUGUCGGCGUUUGCCUUUGGUUUGAAAUCGGGAAUUUUGUAG